GAGUCACAGGUCAGAGGUCAAAUAUGAUUGACAGCACUAAAUAACACACCAGUAGAUUCAGAAAUCUAGUCCAAUAUUUCACUCUUCUGCUAUUAGUUUUCAUUCAGGGCCAGAAUUCAUUUGAAAAUGUAAGAUCAGCAAAAGCCAUUUUCGUGAUGUUAAAGGAGACGGAUAUGUGAGCGGAAACUAACUGAGUUUGGGGGAGGAUUCACACACAACCAGAUAAAUAUCACAGUUCAGUGUGUUUCAGAUCAAUCUGAGGGUUUUCAGACAUUUUAAGAGUUACUAUCGUGGGCUUUUCAGUGAACCGAUGAAGAAAAUGUUUCUCAAGUUAGUUUUGCUCUGUUUGUGGCGUCUGGUUGGUGGGAUUGGUGAAAUAAAGAGAGUGAAGGAGGGAGAUUCAGUCACUCUAAACUCUGAUCUUACUGAAAUGAAGGAUGAUGAUGUGAUUCAGUGGAGGUUUGAAUAUAAAUACACUUUAAUAGCUGAAAUCAAUGUAACGGCCGACAGAAUCACUGUAUAUGAUGAUGUUCUUGAUGGGAGAUUCAGAGACAGACUGAAGCUGGACAAUCAAACUGGAUCUCUGACCAUCACAAACACACAGACCUGAACACGCUGGAGGUUAUAAACUACAGACCUACUAUAAGAGAGUUGUUUUCUUUCUCUUUGUCCAUGUGUCAGUGAAGGAGGGAGAUUCAAUCACUCUCGACUCUGAUCUUACUGAAAUGAAGGAUGAUGAUCGGAUUCUGUGGAGAUUUGGAAACACUUUAAUAGCUGAAAUCAAUGUAACGGCCGACAGAAUCACUGUAUAUGAUGAUGUUCUUGAUGGGAGAUUCAGAGACAGACUGAAGCUGGACAAACAAACUGGAUCUCUGACCAUCACAAACAUCACAAUGAAACAUGUUGGAGAUUAUAAACUACAGACCAACUAUAAGAGGGAUUAUUUCAGUCUCUCUGUCAUUGUGUCAGUGAAGGAGGGAGAUUCAGUCACUCUUGACUCUCCUCUUACUAAAAUGAAGGAUGAUGAUUGGAUUCAGUGGAGGUUUGGAGAUGGAAACACUAUAAUAGUUGAAAUCAAUAAACGGUUCGACAGAAUCACUGUAUAUGAUGAUGUUCUUGAUGGGAGAUUCCGAGACAGACUGAAGCUGGACAAACAAACUGGAUCUCUGACCAUCACAAACAUCACAAUGAAACACACUGGAGAAUAUCAACUAGAGAUCGACAUUUUCAAUUCUUUUUUUAUUUAUCUCAGUGUCUACGCUCGUCUGCCUGUUCCUGUCAUCAGCAGCAACUCUUCACAAUGUUCUUCAUCAUCAUCAUCAUAUUGUUCAUUGGUGUGUUCAGCGGUGAAUGUGAGUCAUGUGACUCUCUCCUGGUACAGAGGAAACAGUUUAUUGUCCAGCAUCAGUGUGUCUGAUCUCAGCAUCAGUCUCUCUCUACCUCUGGAGGUGGAAUAUCAGGAUAAAAACACCUACAGCUGUGUGCUGAACAAUCCCAUCAGCCACCAGACUCAACAUCUGGACAUCACUCAACUCUGUCACACAUGUUCAGACUCUGUCCACUGUUGUGGUCCUACUGAAGCUGUGAUCCGAUUGGUCCUCUCUGCUCUGGUGGGCGUGGCUACUGUCAUUAUUCUGGUUUAUGACAUCAGAUCCAGAAGAGCUGAACGAGAUCAAGCACAGAUUCACACAUCAGGAAGUGCUUAAAUCUAAAGCAGAACGCUGAACUUUAAAGAUUCUUCAAGUGUGUUUUUGUCAUAAUAAAUACUGAUGAUUAUCUGAGCUUCUCUUUCAGUGUCAGAUUUGUAAAAAUCUUAUUUGUAAGGCUUUAUUGUUUAUAUUUCUCUCAGAGACACACAGAUCUCACUUUACUACUACUGCUGUAUAUUUGUCAUGUGUAUUUUACACUGUUGUUGAUGAUCAAAUUAAAAUAGCGUCUUUUUAAUGUGUCUGACGGAGUUGACACAAAUUAAGUUCUGAAGUGAAUAAAUGUACAUUUUUAGAAGAAAACAGAAAAACCUGUUCCCUCACAUGUUCAUUAGCUUGUGUACAAAUAUAUCAGUUCAUAAUAAUGUGUUAUUAAAUAAUAAAAACUAACAUCUAAAACA